AAAUAUCUUAAAUCUGACCAUGCAAAAGAACAAAUCCCAGCUAAACAUGGCUGACGAACGCGAAAAACAGGAACCUUCAGAAAUCGUAAAAGUUUUUGUAAACCAUGUUGACACAUUCUCAGGAAAUGUUAUUAGCAAGGUACUUUCACAAGCUGUUAUUGGGAAUACAGAGGGAGAAUUGGAAGACGAGGAUUCCCAAUUAAGUGUUCGUGAUUAUUUACUGGAGAGGCAAGACUGUUAUCAGGUAUUUGGAACUCUAAAAGAUCCAUUAGCAGAUAAACCUGAAUGGGUUGAUGGAAUAUUUGAGUAUGAGAAAAAGGAAGACUUGUUGGCACCACUUUUGGGUUGCAACAUUAUUAUAUUUGAUAUUGUGUCAGAUCCGAACCAAGUUGAGGAAGCCACAUGGGUUGUUUCAGCUUUGAAUGCUGAAAUUCCAAACUUCAAUACUUCAAAAGUUUUUAUAUGCAUCUCAACUGUUCUUACAUGGGGAAGGACGAAGCCCCUUGAUCCUGAUGACCUGGAAAUGCCAUUCACAGAAGAGGAUUACCGAAAACGCAAAGCGCACCCUAAUUUCAAGUCACAUUUGAGCUGUGAAAAACUGACCAUAAAACUUGGUAAAACAAACAAAAGCAAACUUAUGACUUAUGUGGUGGCCUCUGGUCUUAGUUAUGGAGAAGGCGAAAACCUAUUUCAUUUCCUAUUCAAAACAGCAUGGCUGGGAAGCUCACCACACUUACAUAUAUAUGGAAAUGGACAAAAUGUAUUGCCUACAAUACACAUACGAGAUCUGGCCAACAUAGUUGUGAAUAUCUGUGAUCAAAAGCCAAAAGUACGAUAUAUAUUAGCCGUUGAUGAUGGCAACUCAACUUUGGAAGAUAUUGUCAAAUCAAUCAGUAGGAACCUUGGCACAGGAAAAAUCAAGUUUGUCAAUAAAGAGGACGCACUACUUGAAAAAGACAUUGCACAAGCUGAUUUUGAUAUGUUGCUUGUCAAUCUACGAAUGGAUGCAGUGCUUAUUAAAGAAAAUAUGAACUUUAACUGGGUAGCUGAGACGGGUCUUCCAGACAACAUUACGAAAAUUAUUAAUGAAUACAAGCAAACAAGGAAUUUACUGCCUUUAAGAGUGUGCAUUUUGGGCCCACCAGCAGUUGGUAAGACGAGCGUGAUUAAAAAGUUAUGUGAACACUACAAACUUCAUCAUAUACAAAUUCAAAAUGUCAUCGAAGAAGCAAUCGCAGCUUUGAAAGUGUCAGCAGCAAGAGCUGACAGCGAAGACGUGGAAGAUGAAGAUGAUGACAUGAAGGCGCAAGAAAGUCAGAAAAUGCUGGAAGAAAUAGAGGAGUGCAAGGAAAGAAAUAAUGGUCGAUUGGAAGAUUACCUACUGAUUCAGUUCUUCAAAGAUAAACUUCAUUCAAUGCCUUGUCAGAAUCAGGGAUUUAUAUUAGACGGUUUUCCCAAGAAUAUGGAGCAAGCUAGUCUUUUGUUUUCAGUUGAGGAAGAUGAUGACGAAAUGGAGAACGAGGAAAAUCCGGUUGGUUACGACGCCAAAAUUAUGCCAGAGUUUGUCAUUUCACUGAAUGCAUCAGACGAAUUCUUGCGCAAGCGCGUGAUGAAUCUGCCAGAAAACGAAGUUGCGGGAACUCACAAUACUGAAGAAGGUUUACACAGAAGACUGGCAGAGUACAGGUCUGUCAACAGCGAUGAUGAAACUAUCCUGAAUUACUUUGAUGAGCUAGAAAUACAUCCAGAACACAUAGAUGUGACGCAGGAUCAUACACCGCAAAUGCGUCAGACAUUGGAGAAGAUUAUCCAAAUUAUUGGAAACAAACGAAACUAUGGUCCCACAUUAGAAGAGAUAGCAGAAAUGAAAAGACGAGAGAUCGAGAGAGAGUUGGAUAUGCAUCGACGUCAACAAGAUGAAAUAGAGAAAUUGGAAGCAGAAGAAGCCCGAGACCGAGCCAAGAAACUAGAAGAAUGGCGUAGUCGAUUGAAUGAUGUUAAAAAAGAAGAAGAAGAAAUGCUUGAAACUCAAUCCAUUCCUCUUCGCAACUACCUCAUGAAGUACGUCAUGCCUACAUUGACACAAGGACUUUUGGAAUGUACAAAAGUAAGACCAGAUGAUCCCAUCGAUUUCUUGGCGGAGUUUCUGUUUGAGCAAAACCCACAAAUAAACACGUGAAGUGUUGGAUGGUAUACAUCUCCGCUAAUACGCAUGCGCCGAAUUUCGCUGCUAUGAUACAGAUCUCACGCAUGUUUUCUUUGUUUCCUGUAGAUAUGUUAAAAGAAUGAUUCGUUUAGUGUAAUUUAUAUUGUAUAUGAAUAUAUUUUUGAAAAGUAAUAUAAACAUCCAAACUAACAAUUUUGUUUUUUUC